AAAAUGGAUGGGCUGCCCCUUGAAGCAGUCCAAUGCGAAUGGAAAAUUGGAAAUGAGGAGCGCGGGAUUGAAGAUCUCAUGGGGCCACGCUGACGCCUGUUUGUCUUUUGACUCUUUGGGGGUUUUUUGAUUUUCCAACUUUGAAGCGCAAACGUCGCCAGAAAUCAGACUGCGGAAGAGUCGUGCCCGCCUGCCUCCGCAGCUCCGUUCCGCCCCCAGUGCCAAUGCGUGCCCCUCACUUUUCUUUCUCUUCUUCCAAUUGGGUUGGGGGUUGAGAGACUUGUCCCCAGAAGCAACACUAAGCGAUCUUCACCUGGGUCUUGGAGAACUCUUACGGCUGACGCGAGGCGGACCUUACCUGGAAGUCCCUCCCGAUACAUUUGAGGUCCAACUUUUGUAGCAGGUGAAUUCUAUUUUUGUUAUCUAAUCAGAGAGAGAGAGAGAGAGAGAGAGAGAGAGAGGUUUAAAUCAAUUGCAGAAAAAUCACAUUCGAGCAAGGGGGGCUGGCAUCGAUCAUGGGGGGCUCGUCGGACUUGGGCGGAAACUUGGACAGCACGGGGGCAAUCGGUUUAACGGGCAAGAUCAUGGUAUCAGCCAUUAUCGUGCUCUUUCUGGUGGUGGUGUUCGUUCUUUUUCUCCAUCUCUACGCCAAAUGGUUCUGGUGGCGCUCGCGAGAAGACAUCAACAGCAACCCGUCUUCCUCCGGUGACUCUCGGCGGCGGCGCCGCCGCUUCGUCUUCGCUCCCGGCCAAGAUCAGGGCAUCGCCGCCCUGCACAAAGGGCUAGAUCCCUCUGUCCUCCGAUCUCUUCCCGUACUAAUCUUUCACCCCGAGGACUUCAAGGACGGAUUGGAGUGUGCCGUGUGCCUGUGCGAACUUUCCCAAGGGGACAAAGCUCGCCUCCUUCCCAAAUGCAAUCAUGGGUUCCAUGUCGAUUGCAUCGACAUGUGGUUCCAGUCCCACUCCACCUGCCCAUUGUGCCGGAACCCCGUCGCGGGCGCCGAACCCUGCUCCGUUCCGACCGGCUCCGAAUCGGCUGAGACUGUUCAGUCUGCGGAUCAAAGCGUGGCUGUUGGCGUGUACUCGACCGAAUCCCCCAACUUCCCCACAAAUGUCCUCUUUUGGGGUAACCAGACCCAAGUCAGGUCCGGGGUUUUGCCGGGUGCGUCCUUCGAAGAAGAAGAAGAAGAAGAGGGGCCUUCUUCUCAAUCCCCAACAUCACCAUCAUCAUCUUCUUCUUCCUCCUUUUCGGGCUCAGGGAACAGGGAAGACGGAAUGUUGGUAAUUGACAUACCCAGGCAGAUAAACAGUGAGAGUUUCUCAGCACCGUCGCCUUCGGCAAUUAGGUGUUCUGAGGAAGAAGCGAAAUCACCGAUGACGACCCGGCUGCGGUCGCUGAAGAGGUUAUUAAGCAGAGGGGAUAAAAAGAUCGUCCCCUGCAGCACCAGCUCCGGCGAUGAUGUUGAGCAAGUUUCAGGAAGAGGGCAGAGUUCUAAACCCACCUCAGAUUGCUGAAGAUGGUGAAGAUUUAUGCAAACGAGAGAGACUGUCGUAAUUUAUUCUUCAGCUUUGGGUGUUUGAGAAUUUAGGCGUACAGUUUAGAUGUCCAGUUCUAGUUUAUCAUGGGAAUUGAAUCAAUUGGUGGUUGUUCUUGAUUCCCGGAGAUGAACCUCAACUCGAGACACAAACAAUGAAGAGUGCAGGGCAUAGAAUUCUCUUCAUUCCAUCUGCUGUAAAGGACAUUUUCAUCUCUGCUUUCUGCAAUACAGUUUGAUUUGUACAUGAGUAUUGUCAAUGUCAGCUGAGAAAAAGCAUAGUCCGCUUCUCUGGGUGGUGGAAAUGCAUCAAACAUCAAUCAAUCAAUCCAUCUUCUUCUCUUUUGCAGAAGACGUUUAAUACAACUUCAAAUUUUUGUUUCCA